UCCGUCUCCAUUACGAAUCUACGACUGUUUGUGAAGCAGCACAGCUUUGGAAAUGGCUCUCCGAAUGACCAGAAACCGCAUGGCCUCCAGCCGGUCCGACCUGGGGGGGAAGGCCUGCUCGGUCACCGGGCCCGGGCUGAAGCCUCGGGCCACCCUGGGGGAGAUCGGAAACAUCGCCCUCAACAAGGAAGCACAGAAAAAGACUGUGAAGCCGGAGGCCACUAAAAAGACCACAAGACAAGUUGCUGCAGCCAAAGUAGAAAAGCCAGUUGAACAGCCCAAACCCAAAGAUGUUCCUGCUCCGGCUCCAGUUCCACCUGAGCCCAGCGUACCGGUUCUGCCUGAACCAGCGUCCCCCACCCCAAUGGAGACCUCAGGCUGUGAGCCGGCAGACCUCUGCCAAGCCUUUUCAGACGUCAUGCUUCACACGGCCAUCAGGGACGUGGACGCAGACGACUACAACAACCCCAUGCUCUGCAGCGAAUACGUGAAAGAUAUCUACAAAUAUCUCAGACAACUUGAGAUCGAGCAGAACGUCCGGCCCAACUAUCUGCAGGCCCGGGAGGUGACUGGAAACAUGCGGGCCAUCCUCAUCGACUGGCUGGUGCAAGUCAGCCUCAAGUUCCGCCUGCUGCAGGAAACCAUGUACAUGACAGUGGGAAUCAUCGACCGCUUUCUUCAGGACCACCCAGUCCCCAAGAAGCAGCUGCAGCUGGUCGGAGUGACCGCUAUGUUCCUUGCUUCCAAAUACGAGGAGAUGUAUCCUCCUGAGAUCUCAGACUUUGCCUACGUGACAGACCGGGCCUACACCACCGCCCAGAUCAGAGACAUGGAGAUGACCAUCCUACGAGUGCUCAAGUUCCAAAUGGGUCGCCCUCUUCCCCUCCACUUCCUCAGACGGGCCUCAAAGAUCCAUGAGGUAACUGCAGAGCAGCACACUCUGGCAAAGUACCUCCUGGAGCUCACCAUGGUGGACUACGAGAUGGUGCACUACCCACCUUCCAUGACGGCGAGUGCUGCUCUGGCUAUAACCCUCAAGAUCUUGGAUGGUGGAGACUGGGAUGCGACGCUGCAGCACUACAUGGACUACACAGCAGAGAGCUUGAUUCCUGUGAUGGCGCACAUCGCCAAGAAUGUUGUGAAGGUGAACGAGGGGCUGACCAAGCACAUGGCAAUCAAAGGAAAAUACUCGACUUUGAAGCAGAUGCGGAUCGCCACCAUCCCACAGCUCAAGUCCUCAGUGGUGAAGGCUCUGGCCAAGCAGCUCACCCACUGACAGUCUCCUCUUGGCACCAUGUGCUGGAUUUUCCUGUUGUACAGAUGUAACUUAAACAUUUUUAACGUGACUGAAAUGUCAGCACACUAACGCGCCGGUCGGUGGUUUUACAUGUGAACUCUACAAUCGUGUAGUUGCCUCUUCAAAGUCUGACACAAGCUGGAUCUGAAACUUUCUGCUAAACUAGUAGAUGCACAACCUGUUAUAUCAACAUACUCAUGUUGGCCAUUAAUGACAACUGUGCAAUAUAUUCAAACCAAACUGGGCUUCUGCAUCAAAUGGCUGACCUGAUGUAUGUUCAACUUGUGUCAUGAUUUAGAAAAUGGUUUAAGAUUGAACUUUUAAGACUCUUAAGUCUUUUAAUGGGAUUCUUUAAUGUUUUUUUUUUUUUUUUUUUUUAAACUUGAGUGUGAAUUUUUAAAAUGUACAUCUCUUUUUAUGUCUCUGCAUAUACCUUUUUCUGAAAGUUCUAUUAAAUGACUUUUUGAUCAGAA